AUGUUCGACAAAGUAAAGUUCCGCCCAGGCUCGAGCCCAAAGGACACUGCUUCAACAUCGAAGCCAGACGACGCGUCCACAGUUCCCCAACCCUCCAGGACCUCAAAUCCACAGGACUCAGACACCUUGCCAGAAGGAUGGGAGCGUGCCACCGACCCGCAAGGGCGCACUUACUACCUCGAUCAUCGCAGGAAGGUCACUUCAUGGGAGCGUCCUACGAAAGCUUCCCCACUCGACGAGUCGAACGAUCCUCUGCCUCCGGGGUGGGAGACCCGAACGGACCACAAGGGCCGCACGUACUACAUCGACCACAAUACGCGCACAACGACGUGGAUCCGCCCAACCGAGGACGACGACAAGACGCCUCUGCCUACGGGCUGGGAGGUGCGCUGGUCCCAGGCGACCCAGUGCGUGUACUAUGUCGACCAUAAUACAAAGACGACGUCGUGGACGGACCCCCGGAAGGAUAAAAAGUACAUGGACGACCCACACGCGCAGUUCCUCAGGAAGAUACAGUAUAUGCAUCGGAUGCGGAGGAGCGAGAUCUUGCCUCGUCAUUUUGAGAUUAGGGUGAGAAGGGACAGGGUGUUCGAGGAUAGCUUUGCGGCCAUUGGGAAGGCUAUACCCGAUGAGCUGAAGCGCCAUCUGUUGGUCAUCUUUGAAGGGGAGACCUUGUCAAAGGCAAUCGCUCUGAGACAAUGGUCCGAACUGAUACUGCAGAAGGUCUUCGAUCCUGAAUUUGGGCUCUUUAUCGAUUCCAACGGCACCCUGAAGAUUAGCCCCACAUCGAACAAACUUGCUAACCAUCUUGAAUACCUCAAAUUCCUCGGACGAGUUUACGUGCUUGCCAUCCUCCAUGGAUUCCUCAUCGACUCAAGAAUGGUGCCAAUAUUCUAUCCUCUCGUCGGGCCCAAGUCAGACAUCUCCGACGUUCCGCAGUUCAUAUCUGUCGCGGCUGCAGACAAGAUAGCGACAUGCACACUUGAGGGUAAAGGAAAGCAAGUAUUGAAGACCUCCACUGUACUGGAUCGACGGAGUGGGAAACCCUUCGCCGUGGAGCUGAAACUAGAGGGCAAUAAAUACAACUUCGUUCGGCAGGAAGACCAAGACGAGUUCUUGGACGCGGCUAUGGCACAUCGGGCUUCAGGUGGAUAUGGUUCGCAGCUAAGGGCGUUUAUGGAUGGCGUAUGGGGUCUUCUCCGACGGAGGGACGCCUUCCUCGCGUAUUCCCAGGCCGAGCUCGAGAAAUUUAUUGGCGGGGUGUCUGAAAUCGACUUGGACCAAUGCCAGAAGCAAAGCGAGCUAGACGAGCCGGAGGGGAGCAGACCAGACAAGCACCUCGAGUGGUUCUGGAAGAUCGUCCGCUCCUGGCCCGACGAGCACCGACACGCCCUGCUCGUCUACGUGACUGGCCUCAAGCGCGUGCCUGCAACGGACCAGUUCAAGGUCCUCAAGGCCUCGGACGGGACCUUCCGUCGCCUCACCGUCCUGGGUAACAAGGAACGAACCGUGCCCGACAAGGACGAGGACACCCCGGAGCAUAUUCUCUUCAUUCCAGGGUUUGACACGUACGAGGCCAUGGAGGAGAACUUGCGGUUUAUUAUCUACAAUAGCGACUGGCAGGAGUCCACGUUGAUUUCGGAUUUCGAGUUCCUUACGGUGACCAAGUUACCGCGGUACAAGCCUGGGGCGUGGAAGACGAAGAAUGCAACUACAGCUGCAGAAUGA